UCACAAAACAAAGUGUGCGGUCGCCGAAACGAUUGUUGUGUGGUUUUUGCUCGGAAACUUUCAAAAUUUAAUUAAAAUUUCUAAACUUUAAAUCGAUUAAGUGCUCGUUUCCCGUGCCACAAUGGAUUCUUCAACGGACACAAGUUUCGAAGAAGUCGUCGAAGAAAGCAUGAUGGAACUGAUCCAACGGGCGGAAGCUUUCCUUUCGGCUCACGGGUCAACAUCCGGAAGCGGCAGUUCCGGAUCCGCUAACAUCAGCAGCAGCAGCCACAACCACAGCACUGCCAGCGACUCGUCGCUUAGCUCGAUUUUUUCGUCCAACGACGAUUCUUUCGACGGCAACGGAUUGAACAUUUUCGGAAACAGCUCUAUCAGUACGGACAGUUCCUUCAACUCGUUGAAUUUGUCGUCCAACUUGGACCAGUCCGGUGUCAGUUCUGUUUCGUCCAUUCAACGCACCAUUUCCGAGGACUGUGUCUUAGUGCCGGGGCCUGCGGUUCCGGUCGUCGAUCUGUGUUCGCCGCGUGUUCAGCGAAACCUUAUCCGCCGGAUUGCCAACUCGGCCCCAAUUUUGGACUCGAUUACGCUGGACGAUACGGUCAUCGAACCGCCGCCACCGGAAGCACCACAGCUGGCUGCUCCUGUGGUUAAUGAAUACCGGGAUGGACCACCGGCGGUUAAGCGGUCCAAAGAGGGCCCGGGAGAAGUAUUGAAUCUGUCGCAAGGGGCAGUGGGCGAACCGGUCAUUGCCAUCUCCUGUCCGAUUUGUUUCGAUUCCAUUCUGAAGAAGCCAGCCGCGUCCACCAUUUGUGGACACUUGUUUUGUAAUGAUUGCAUCAGCCAAGAGAUCAAAGUCCGGAAGCAGUGCCCGUUGUGCAAGCGAAAGCUGGCCCGAAACAACAUCCAUCCAGUUUUCUUUAACUAAAGUGAUGCAAGCGGAUCGAACGCCGGGAAGGGCUGGCCCUUGUCUGCCCGCUAGCCGCAACCAGCAAGUUUUAUUCAUCUUUUGACUAAUGUGAAUUGAAGUUCGGAAAUUUGACGAAAAUCUUGGCUUUCUUCGAAAAGACCCCCCAGCAGGAUUAAUUUAUCAUCACUUAUUGUUUAAACAUUCGUCUAACAAGUCAUUUCUAUCUUUUUCAAAUAUAAAUAAAUACGUUAUUAUAACACA